GAGAAAAUACUCUGCAUGAAUGGAGGAGACGGAGAAACUAGCUACGCUGGAAACUCCUUACUUCAGAAAGAGAUGAUAAUAAAAUCAAAGCCUAUAGUAGAAGAGAGCAUGAGAGAGCUGUAUUUGGGCACUUUUCCUAAUUGCCUAAGAAUUGCGGACUUGGGAUGUUCCUCGGGUCCAAACACUCUUCUCUUCAUCUCCGAGAUUAUGGAUUUAAUCCAUUUUACAUGCCAAGAGUUGAACCACAAGGGACCGACAUUCCAAGUGUAUUUGAAUGACCUUCCGGGAAACGAUUUCAACACCAUUUUCAGGUCAUUGCCAAGCUUCUAUGAGAAACUUAAGAAGAAGGGAGCGGAUUUCGGGCCGUGUUUUAUCGCAGGAAUGCCUGGGAAUUUCUAUGGGAGGCUCUUUCCUGACCAUUAUCUUCAUUUUGUUCAUUCUAAUUACUGUCUUCACUGGCGCUCUCAGGUUCCUGAAGGAGUUGUGAGUAAAUCAGGAAUUCCACUAAACAAAGGGAAUAUCUACAUUGCCAAGACAAGCCCCAUUAUAGUAUAUGCCUCAUAUCUCCAACUUUUUGAGAGGGAUUUCACAUUGUUUCUAAGAUUACGUUCACAAGAGAUUAUUCCUGGUGGUUACAUGGUCCUCAGUAUGAUUGGCAGCGACAAGAAGUUUUUAUCUGGCAAUCACAGUUACACUAUUUUCGAGUUACUAGGAAUCACCCUCAGUGACAUGGUCCAGGAGGGAUUACUACAAGAAGAGGAAUUGGACUCUUUCAAUUUGCCAUAUUAUGCACCAACUGCAGAGGAAAUGAGACAAGUAAUUGAGACAGAAGGGUCCUUCGAUAUCCAACGACUUGAAACAGUCAAAACGGAUUGGGAUGUUAAUAUCGACAAAGGGAACAAAAGCUUAAGCAGAGGCGAGUACGUGUCCAAGGGUAUAAAAGUAGUUGUACAACCAAUUCUGGCAAGUCAUUUUGGAGAAGAAAUUAUGGAUAAUUUGUUCGAGAGGUUUGCAGUAAAGAUGGACGAGUAUUUGGAGGUUGAGAAAGGCGAGUACACCAACAUUGUUGUUUCCUUGAAAAAAAGAAAUACUUCAGAGUAAAUUGCACCGUUGCAUUUUAAACUUUUUGUUUUUGGUAUAAUGCACCCGAAGUUUCAAUUUUAAUAAAUUGCAUCCUAAACCAAUUUGAGUCCAAUAACUAACGAGCGUUAUUAAAUUGACGGUUUGAAACUCAAGAUUCCCACUUGACCUCGUUUGAAAAUGAUGAGCUUUACUUUUUAUGUGCGAUUCUUGUGUCUCAAAUCGUCAAUACGACAACGCUCGUUUAUUGUUGGACCUCAAUCACUACUAAAGGUGCAAUAGUGCAAUUUACUCAUUAAGUUAUGAUGUACCAGGCAAUCUGUCUAUGAUAACCAAGGAUCUGAUGGGAUUACCUCCGUUUCAGUCUCUGUUCUGUUAGCAUUCUUCAGUUUGCCAACUAGGGUUUCUCAUUUGUUGGAUUAUGUACUUCGAUGUUUCGUUUAUUAGAAACUUAAUUGCAUAAAUUACUACAGAACUUGA